AUGAGCACGCCGGAGAGCCGCAUUGCCGCACUGCUGUCGGUCCUCUCAGAGGGUGAAGAUGCGGUGCAGUGCCCGCUCGCCAUAUUCGCACGCAACCUGCGCGAGGCCUUCUGCACGCAGCGGCGAGGUGCCUACAGCAGCACCAAACGCGGUGGUAGCAGCACAGUCGGCCGCGGUGCGUCGCCAGAUAUGAGUGACGUGCUUGCCGAGCGCUCGCUGUCGCUGCUGCGCGAAGAGGAGGCGAUCCUUCGCGACGAGGCGAUGGUGCGGGUGGCGUACGACAAGCUGCGCGCCGAGUUGGCACGCGUAGAGGCGCAGCUGCAGUCCCUGGAGCGCCGCGCCCGCGAAGUGGCGCAGCAGAAGGGCUUUUGUAAGCUCGCCAUGAACCUUCUGGUGACAGGCGAGGUGCCAGACUUCUACGCACCCGACAGCGAGCGUGUCGUUGACGCCCCGCGUGAGGACGUUGGCGUUACGAACGACACCGCCGUCACAACGACAGCGGAUGGCACCGAAGCGGCCCCAGAUGCCGCACCGAUGAGUUCCGGCUCGCCGAAGCGCCCACGCCGCACUGCCACCUCCAUCUCCACAACCGCAGCAACAACAACAACAACAACAACAACAGCAACCAACGUAGCGCAAAAGCCACAGCAGCAGAAGCAACAGCAACCAGAGCCGACUGACACCGAAGGGAAACUGAAGAGUGGAGACUCCUUCACGGGGACAGAAAAGGGUAAUAGCAUUAAUGCUACUGGGGGCGGUGGGGGGAAACAGCUGUUUCCGUCGGAGAAGACUGCUACUUCUGUACGCAGCAGCAGCAGCAGUAGCUCAAGUCCGACAGGCAGUGCGCUUCUCGCAAUGCUACGCCUGCCAGAUGUGAAGGAGACGACACUCCUGCACGCCAUUGAAAGUUAUGAUGAGCACAACUUUGGAAAGUCGGCGAUGUGGUCUACGGCACAGCAGCAUGAAGUUCUGCCGGUGCUUCUCGGUUUGCUGAAGCAUCUCCCACUUCCGCGCCCGCCCAUACAGCUGGCGGAGUUGCGCAUCCUUGGCCAUGUCUUCCGCGCCGCAGCCGCCAAUCAGACUACGGCGGAACCUGCGCUGUCCUCUUCGCUGUCAAUGUCCUUGACAUUGCCAGAGUCGGCGGUGGCGCCGAUGUUGCAUGCGCUGCGGCAAGAGGGCCAUGCAGUCGCUACUCUAACGCGCCUGCUUCAUAGCGUUAACGACGAUGUGAAAUGUGAGGUGUUGGAGUGCCUCUCACCCCUCAUUACUAGCAGCAAUGGCAGCAGCAGCAGCAGCGGAAGUAGCACAGCGAGUGCCGUGGAAGUUGCGGGUGACAGCAAGCGCGCGCUACCCGAUGCGCGAAAGGAGUUUGUUGUGGCUGGUGGGCUGCAGCCACUCGUGGGCAUCGUUGCGUCGUGCACAUCGGAGGCUGUGCUGGAACGGGCACUCGUGCUACUGUGGGGUCUGCUUUCCCGCAACGACGAUGAGGAAAAAGUGCGCAGCGAGGUGCGGCGCCUCGGUGGGCUGCGGACGGUAUUGGACCUUCUAUAUACAGACUCCAUUCCCAUUCUUGAGAAUGUCGCCAUGACAAUCGGCUACAUCACACGCGAGGAGGCGUCGAAGAUAGACAUCCGAGAGGCCGGCGGUCUGGAAAAGAUCACCGCGACGCUGCGGCACCCGUGUGAAUCGAUACAGACAAAGAUGGCGGGGGCGGUGUGGAACUGUGCCAGCAACGCGGAGAACAGGACUUAUCUGCGCCAAAUCGGCUGCAUCCCCGCCCUGUUGGAGUUGCUUAGCUCACCACAUGAGUUCGUGCAGGAAAACGCAGCGGGGGCGCUGUGGAAUCUUAGCGUGGACCCGGAAAACAAGACUCAGAUCCUUGACUACGGUGGCAUCUCAGAGUUGUCGCAGCUCAUUGCAAAGAGUAGCAGUGUGAGUGUGGUUGAGAACGCCUCCGGCACGCUAUGGAACUGCAGCGCAGCGGUGGAGACUCGGCCGGCCAUCCGCAAGGCUGCAGCCAUCCCGGUGCUGUUGUCGGUGCUUGACCGCAAGCCCCACAAGACACAAAAGCAGGACGGCGCAGCAGCAACCAAAGACCGUGCACCGCAGCUCCCGAUGAGCGAAAAGAUACUGGACAAUGUGGCUGGGACGCUGCGCAACUGUGCUAUCAAUGACCAGAAUAAGCCAGCCAUCCGUGAAGCUGGUGGGGUGGAGCUGCUGCUCGCAAAGCUCGAGCAUGGAAUUCUGCUGCAUCCGUCAUCUAUACUCAUGCCAACACUUGAUAAGAUGGCAUCUACACUGUGGAUUCUCACCAUAUCCCCGGAGAUCAAGCACAGUGUGCGGUUGAGCGGCGGUAUUCCGCUCCUUGCGAAAAUACUCGAGGCAGCUUCUGCCUCUGCAGCAAAGAAAAAAUCCACUACUCCCGUGGUGCAGCUGACUAUGAGCGUGAAGGAGAAGAUUGUUGGUAUUCUACGCAACUGCUCUACUGUGCAGGAGAACAGACCGGCGAUGGUCGCUGCGGGUGCUGUGAGGGCACUGGUUCACGUUGUGGAAGACAGCUAUCAAGCCCCUGACGCAAAGUCGAGCACCAAGCAAUUGUCAUCUGCCUCACAGCCACAACAACAGCCAUCCCUGCAGCUGAAAGAGACGGUGGCGUCAGCGUUGUGGUACCUCUCCCGCGACGACAAGGUGGCACCGCGUGAGGAAGGUGGCCUCGAGCUUCUCUGCCGCUUACUGCAGGAAGCGGAUCAGCCCUCCGUGGUGCUGGAGCAGGCCGCUGGUGCACUCUCCUCGCUGACUGUUAACAGUCAAGAGAAUCGCACCAAGCUGCGUGAGUUUGGUGGGCUGAAUGCACUCUUGCGGCUCAUAGAGGAGAAGGCGCCGCUUGCUUUCCCACAAAACGCGCGGGGCGGGAAUGGUGCAAAGACAGAAAACAACACAAUUGGCCGAGCCGCUGGCGUCAGCAGUGGUACCAACAAGGUGGAAAGCACGGUAUCUCACACAUAUGCUGUGUUGAAUGCGUUACUCGCAAUCCGAAAUAGCACCUCCUCGAACGAGGAGAACCUCCGUUCCGUUGCAGAGUGGAGGUACCGCCGUGCUGGGGCAGACGCCAAGUCGCCGCCACCCUUCGCUGCCUCGCUGCUGUACAUCAUUCAGCAUGGUUCCGAGGACUGUGCACGGGAGGCCGCUCUGUGUGUGAAGAAUCUGUGCGGCCACGCCAAAGCGCUGGAGUUGUUGUUGCAGCAAGAUGCCGUGGAAGUGCUUGGGGGCCUCGCAGAGCGUGGCUCUACUGACUCUGUGCGACGGGCAGCGGCUAUGACGUUGCACUCCCUUGCGCGAGCUCAGCGACGGUGA